CUUGACUGCAUUCUACUAAUUAUGUCCGGUUCUGGCUCAAGUGGUAGCGGUUUUCUACCUUCUCUAGAAACCUUUGCCAAAGGGUCCCUCGCAACAGUUGGAACUCUCGCCACCGUUGGCGCGGGUCUAAUAUACUAUGGCCAGAACUAUUUAAUAUACCCUUCUGCCUUUAUGAAUGUUGGUCCUGACAAUGGCGUUGUGGAUACGCCCAGGGACUAUGGACUUGUCGGUGAAGAACUAGAAUUACGGACUACGGAUGGUACCCUUAUACGCGCGUACCUCUUGAGGCAACGAAAAGAACUUCCCAAACCCAUACGGUUCGCUCAACUUCCAAUAUCUCCUCUCAAUUAUGAUGAUUUGGAGACGGACGAUGACAUUAUGAAACGUCGACCGACUAUCAUCAUGUUCCAUGGAAAUGGAGGAAACUUUGGGCAUCGUAUACCUCUAGGUAUGAUGUUCCAAAUGUACAUGCGCUGUAAUGUGUUGAUGGUGUCAUACAGAGGAUACGGUGGCUCUGAAGGAUCUCCAUCCGAGAAAGGACUGCAGAUCGACGCACAGACAGCGCUAGAUUUUGUCAGUUCCGACAGCAGACUCUCCGAGACGCCAAUCAUUCUAUAUGGUCAAUCCAUAGGUGGUGCUGUAUCCAUAGACCUUGUAAGUCGCAAUCCGGACAAGAUCACUGCACUGAUUUUGGAAAACACAUUCACUUCCCUUCCCGCACUGGUCCCUCAUGUACUUCCGUUACUAGGUGCCUUCACGUUCUUGUGUCAUCAAAAAUGGGAUUCGGCGUCCAAGAUACACCUCAUACCCCCCCAAAUCCCCAUCUUGUUAUUGAGUGGUAGAAGAGACCAGAUCGUGCCGCAGGAACAUAUGAGAAUGCUUAGGGAACUGAUAUUGCGGCGCGGUGCUAAGGGAGAAGAGAGGAAUCCAGAGGAAAAGUCGAGGUGGGAGGAAUUUGAGCAUGGAAGCCAUAACGAUACCACGGCCCAGAGAGGUUAUUGGAAUUAUAUUGAGGAGUUUUUGGACGGCCUUCGCGACAAAUCAGAUGUGAUAAGAGGGACCAGUUUACCACACCGAGGCAGGGUAUGAUACGUUGUUGCACUCCUUUACUAUGACUCUUUCGAUU